UGCCGCCCUCCCCGCGGAGCGUGGCUCCCGGGCGUGCGCGACGCGCGGAGCAGGUGCCGCCGAACCCUCCGCAUGCUGUUUCCCGGCCCGAGGUGGUAGCGGCGCCCGCGCGCUCUGCCCGCUGCUUCUGGGCCACACUGGGCUCCGGCGCGGGGCCAUGUCGCUGGUGACUGGCAGCAGCGAACCGGCCGGCGGCGCCGGCGGCGGCAGUGGGGGCGGCGCGCGGGUUUUCUUCCAGAGUCCCAGGGGUGGUGCCGGUGGCAGCCCGGGAUCCAGCGGCGGCUCCGGCUCCUCCCGGGAGGACUCGGCGCCCCUGCCCUCGGCCGCCGCUGCUGGGCAAAUUAAGGAGCAGCAGCAACAGCAGAGGCGGCACCAGCAGGGAAAAGUGACAGUGAAAUACGACCGCAAGGAGCUUCGCAAGCGGCUGGUGCUGGAGGAGUGGAUCGUGGAGCAGCUAGGUCAGCUGUACGGCUGCGAGGAAGAAGAAAUGCCAGAUGUGGAAAUCGACAUUGACGAUCUUCUUGAUGCAGACAGUGAGGAAGAGAGAGCUUUAAAAUUGCAGGAAGCUCUCGUGGACUGCUACAAACCAACAGAGGAAUUUAUUAAAGAGCUGCUGUCUCGAAUAAGAGGCAUGAGGAAACUGAGUCCCCCACAGAAGAAGAGCAUAUGAUUCCGGAGCCGAGCGGAGUUCUCUGGAGACAAAGACAGGGUCCUGGGAUGUAGACUCCAUGAAGACUUUUGUUAAAGAAUAGUUGUCUUUCUGAACAAGCUGUUUUUGUUUAUGUUUUUGGUGUGUGGGGGAAUCUUCUAGACAUUUAUGCAAGAGCGUUCUGUUUCUUUGCUGUUGUUUUUAAAGGUUUUGGAUAGUGUAAUAUUUCAGUAGCCAAGAUAUCAUGACUCUGACCUGUGGCCCAGCCAAGGAUUGUCAAAGCAGGUGGACCUUCCAAUGUGGCUGGGCCAGAUGGUGUUUUCUGCAAGAACUCAGAUUUGAGGACUUCACAGAGAAGAUGUUUUUCUUACCGCUAGUUUGGUAAUCCCCUUUUUCUUAAGUUGUAUGUUUGACUCACAUGUCAGAUUUCUCAUACUUGUACAUAGCUACACACCAGUAAGUUAAAAUGCGGAUGUGAGCUUUAUUUCGCAAUGACGGAAUAAACUUGUUGUCUUCCCUUA